GCAGCUGGCUUCCUGUGAGAUCGUAGAUUCACAGUGUCUCUGCCGGAGAUCGAACGGCUGGAGGUUUCCACGGAGUCUAGUAUACGCCACUUUGCCUCGGACAGUGUGCAACACUUGCUAAGGGGGUGUGUGUUGCAUGUCUUAGUCACCGAAUAGUGUGCAAGUCAUGUGAUUAAGGGGGAAUUCCCGCUUUCAUUCUGCCCCGUCUCUUCAUUCUAUCACCAAAGCAAGGUCAGUGGAACGCCUGAGGGUGGAUCAUUUGGUUACACAAUGGCUUUUAGAAAUAACAAAGACCGAUCAAGCUGUGCCAACACAAGCAUGUGAUUCCUGCAGUCCGGUGUAAUGGCUUGCUAUAGUGUAUGGUAUCUCCGUUGUGUUGUCACUUGGUUGGACAGCUGACAAAGCGUGCUAGGAGGCGGUGACGGUGCGAUGACCCCGUGGUAUCAUAUACAGCCGUGGACAGUGUGGAGGGACGACACCAGUAGUUAUUCAGUGUGGGGCAGUGCAGUCUGACAGUUAUUUCACUUCAACCUUGGGCCAGCACCACCUGCCACCGGCCGGUGAAAAACUGUCAUUACAAUUCCAUAUUCCAGAGAAAAACGGGGGUUGCACAAAUGUGUUAAUUAGAUAGCCUUGGCUAUGUAGACGCCUUAAAAGAUUGCGUAUCGUACACCUUUUACCCCAUUGGAAACGCCAUGUGGAGUUACCCCAUUAGAAACGCCAUGCGGAGUUACUGAGAUUAACUGAUACAUCAGCAUGGAAAUUUAAGCGAUCGCCAUGAAUGCCCUAAAGAGCUAUUUCAACAAAAUUUUGUCAUCAAAUCACCAGGAUAAGAAAGACCAUAUGAAUGGCGUGGAGCGUAAGUGCUCGCUACCGGCGUCGUCGUCGUCGCCAUCAAUGCACAAGGGGCACCAUCGGAAACACCACGGCUCGGCGACCCUAGCUACUAUCAACAGGCGCCCUAAGUUAGUCACAAGUUACAUACAGCCGACAUUUGGUUCCGUGGCCGCUACGACCGCCCCUGCCUCUCCGGUGCUAGAGGGGAGUCAUCACUCAAACUCAGACAGGACGGGUAGUGAAGCUGUCAACAAGUACACGGUCCAGCCGCAGUUAUCAGACCUUGGAUACGGUACUGACAAUGGCGCCCCAGCAUCAUCGGCCGCACCGAUGGGUGGCUAUCAGACGCGUGACUCCCACAAUCGCCCUGCCCAGCCCCCUGCCAAACCCCCGCGGAAAGACCAGAUAUUUACGGUGCAGGUUAACAAUCCUCACCCUUCUCAAUGUGAGGAUAUCGGUAUUGUUGUGGACUCUGUUGUUAUGACACCUCACCAUCAUCGGCGGUCGGGCAGUGACGGCCAGGCCUUCUCACAGUACCCAGUGUUAAAAGUGAUAGGUAUAAUGGAGGGCAGUUUAACACACAGAGAUGGCAGGGUGAGAAUCGGUGAUGAAAUUGUGGACAUUAAUGGGCAGAGCGUGCUGAGAGAGGGGCCAGAGAGAGCCAGGAUGAUGCUAUCUACAGCUUUGAAGUCAGGAAAUCUAGUGAUGACAUUACGGAGAAGACGGAAACGACAAGCCCCGCCCCCUCCACCACCUGUCAGGCAGUCAUCAUUCCAGGACCAGGAGUCACAGGUGUGUGUGAAUAGGUCACAAAGUAAUCCGCUUACAGACUUCACGAAUCUCCAGGAUCAAAAUGACUCUACAGAUUCGCCGCAAAACAGUUUCAGCUACGUACAAAGUGAACAUGGCUACCCCAAAUCUCCUUACAGACAGCAUAGUCUGGACCAUCACAUGAUGGCCUCCAGAGAGACUUACUCACAAAACUACCAGAAUAUGUGCUCUAUGAAUGUACAGAAUAGCUCCAGUCCAUACAGCUCUCCUGCCACUCAUCGCACAAACUCUGACUACCAGUCCGUCCUGACCAAUCACGAGAGGCAGAGUCCACAUAUGACGAACAGUCCUGAACAAAACCUCUGCAAGGGUGAUCUUCCAUUAACUAAACCCAGACCGCACAGGCGGCCAUCAGAUCCUGACCAGAUGGACAGAACUGUAUUACCCAUGUCGAACUGCUCACCCCGAUCGCCUGAAUACACCAGUGACUACAAUGAUUAUGCAAAUGUCUCUAAUGGCUACCAUAGUGCUAGUGAAUUGACAUACAGCAGAAAUUCAUACAAUGACAUGCCAAAGUUUGUGAAGAAGAAGCCAUUGGCGUUGCGUAUUAAUACUCAGAUUGGGGAGGAUGUUUUGAACCGGUCUGUCAACGAUGGGUAUUACCGUACUGAGGGGACAGGAAGUGGCUGUAACACGCCCACAGAGUUCAGCACAUUGAGGGGGCUGGUGUCCUCGCCAACAUUCGUGGGAAAGAGACGUCAGAUCAUUAAGAUGCACCUCCUCAAAGAUAACAAGGGCUUAGGUAUCCAUAUUGCAGGAGGACGAGGCUCUAGAAGGGGUGAUAUAGGCAUUUUUGUGGCAGGAAUCACAGAAGGGGGAGCUGCACACAAAGAUGGACGUUUGAAGCGAGGUGAUGAGUUGUUGAUGCUGAAUGGGCGUAGCCUAAUCGGGUUAACUCACAUGGAGGCCGUGGAGAUGCUACGUACUUCACCGCGCUUAGUGCAGCUUGUUGUGGCAUCAAAGCUCCGCAAGUCGGCCUCGGUGGCCUCCACAUCUUCCUUCCUGUUCCCCAGCAAGCCCAGCUCCUUUGCCUCGUUGGAUCAGGUUUGUGAUACACUAGACCAGUCAUGUGAUCAAUCCCAGGGCUACCCUGAGGCACAGUCAGACACAGAGAGCCUGGGGGGCAGGCGGCCCACCCUGGGCACUCCGCCCAGCCUGGGGAACUCAUCUGUUCCUGAAGUCAUGGCCCAGACCCCUUCAGGCAGUGUGAUGAAGCUGGAGGAUUUGCUGGAGAAAUUCCGAGAAGAUGACACAGACAGCAUGAGUACAACAGAGAGUCCUUACAUGAGCAGGGGGAGACCACUGUGUAACGGCCCCGCUCAGACGAUCACGAUUCUGAAAGGUGCUGGUGGAAAGGGCCUGGGCUUCAGCAUAGUUGGCGGUCAGGACUCGCUCCGCGGAAGCAUGGGCAUCUUCGUCAAGAGGAUCUUUCCACAGGGGCUGAUCAGACAAGAUGGACGCAUUAGAGAAGGUGAUGAGAUUGUGGAGGUCAAUGGCGAGAGUCUACACGGACUGACUCACCAGGAGGCCACGAUCCGCUUCAAACAGCUGAGGAAAGGGCCCGUCACUCUGACCUAUAAGCGCCCCCUCCCGAGUCCUGCCUGCAGUCCGAGGAGGUCACCAACCAGCUCCCCUGAGAGUUCCCCUCGCUGCAGACUGAGGCACAUGCCCGACAGCCCCCCAUUGGGUGUGCAGCAGGAGAAAGGGCACCCAGUGUCUCUCUCCUCUCAUCAUGACAGACAGGAGGACCCAUUGGCAAUGAGUCAGGAUAGCCCUCCAAGCAGUCAUCAUGAGAGUCUCUUUGGCAACCCUCAUGAGAGUCUCCAUGGCAACCGUCAUGAAAGUCCAUAUGGUAAUCGUCGUGAGAAUCCCUAUAGUAACCGUCAUGAGAGCUCCGGUGGCAACCGUUAUGGGAACUCACAGAGUAUUCAGCAUGAUAGUUCAAUGAGUACUGAUCAGGACAGUUCCUUUGGAAACAGUCAUGAGAGUUCACUUAACACAAGUCAUGAGAGUUCGCAAAGCAGUCACCAUGAAAGUCCCCACGGUAACAGUUGCGGCAGCCCUCAUACCAGUGAACAUGACAGUAAGCAUAGUAACUGCAGUGAUAGUCAGCAGAGAAACUGUCAAGAUAAUUUGCAUAGUGACAGUCUGGUCAACACCUCCAAAGGAAGUCCCCAGUCUCAGAAUGUGACAUCAAGGACUCACAGUCGCAGCUUAAGCGAGACCUCUAACCCAAGGACCCCACCCCCUGUACAAACAAAACCAAAGUACCACAGAUCAGCCUACAAGCCUACUCUUUCGGAUAGCUCCACCCAUUCUCCACAAGCUGGCAUAAAACCCUAUCGUCAGAACAGCCUCUCUGAUUCACCCACUUACCUUGACCACAAAGGUGUGGGAAAACAAUGCGGACAUUUUUACCCUGGUCUUAUGGAGGUGAUUCUGGUAAAAGAGGAGGGACAGGGCCUAGGCAUCGGAAUUGUGCGUAAAACUCAGAAUGGCGUCAGUGAUAUGUAUGUGCAGGAUGUCCACAAAGGCUCUCCAGCACAUUCUGAUGGAAAACUCAGGAAGGGGGACCUGUUAGUAGAAGUGAAUGGGAGGGAGAUGAAGGACAUGUCUCUGCUGGAUGCCUAUCAGCUGUUCAGAACGCUGACCCCAGGGGAGGUCAGGAUUGUCAUACAGAGAUACAAACAGGAUGGAGACACCAUUCACGAAGAUGUCACAAAAACUGAUACAGGAGCAACAAACUGAGUUUCAUGAUGCCAUAUGACCUGAAGUCUCAUCAUGCUGGGAUAGGGUAUGAAGUGGUCUCAUAAUAACGUCUGACCUGAGGUCUCAUGAUGCCGUGAUGGGAUCUGACCUGAAGUCUCAUCAUGCUGGGAUAGGGUAUGAAGUGGUCUCAUAAUAACGUCUGACCUGAGGUCUCAUGAUGCCGUGAUGGGAUCUGACCUGAAGUCUCAUCAUGCUGGGAUAGGGUAUGAAGUGGUCUCAUAAUAACGUCUGACCUGAGGUCUCAUGAUGCCGUGAUGGGAUCUGACCUGAAGUCUCAUCAUGCUGGGAUAGGGUAUGAAGUGGUCUCAUAAUAACGUCUGACCUGAGGUCUCAUGAUGCCGUGAUGGGAUCUGACCUGAAGUCUCAUCAUGCUGGGAUAGGGUAUGAAGUGGUCUCAUAAUAACAUCUGACCUGAGGUCUCAUGAUGCCGUGAUGGGAUCUGACCUGAAGUCUCAUCAUGCUGGGAUAGGGUAUGAAGUGGUCUCAUAAUAACAUCUGACCUGAGGUCUCAUGAUGCCGUGAUGGGAUCUGACCUGAAGUCUCAUCAUGCUGGGAUAGGGUAUGAAGUGGUCUCAUAAUAACGUCUGACCUGAGGUCUCAUGAUGCCGUGAUGGGAUCUGACCUGAAGUCUCAUCAUGCUGGGAUAGGGUAUGAAGUGGUCUCAUAAUAACGUCUGACCUGAGGUCUCAUGAUGCCGUGAUGGGAUCUGACCUGAAGUCUCAUCAUGCUGGGAUAGGGUAUGAAGUGGGUCUCAUAAUAACGUCUGACCUGAGGUCUCAUGAUGCCGUGAUGGGAUCUGACCUGAAGUCUCAUCAUGCUGGGAUAGGGUAUGAAGUGGUCUCAUAAUAACGUCUGACCUGAGGUCUCAUGAUGCCAUGAUGGGAUCUGACCUGAAGUCUCAUCAUGCUGGGAUAGGGUAUGAAGUGGUCUCAUAAUAACAUCUGACCUGAGGUCUCAUGAUGCCAUGAUGGGAUCUGACCUGAAGUCACAUGAUGCUGGGAUAGGGUAUAAAGUGAGUCGCGUAUCACAGAGUUUGGUUGAUGCUCUGUUGUUAACUUCUGGUGAGAUGAGUUCCUGAAGACAUCGUUAAAACUUCAGAAUACUGAGAACAACAUGAGGUGCCAAACCUUCUCAUUGUUGUCAGAGAGACAACUUCUCUGAGAAAGAACAAAGCAAAUCUGUGUCCUCUGAAAAACUGUUUGAAAACAAGUUGAUCAUAAAUCCUGAUGCAGCAAACCCAUAAAUUCUGCUGGAAAACUGCUGAUGACUUAAGUGGACUUGGUAGAUGAUAAGGCACAAUAACUUGAGUGUACUUUAUACUGGUAUGUUUGUAAGAAAUCACACUAUCUGGAGUGUACUUUAUAUUGUUAUGUUUGUAAGAAAUCACAUUAUCUGGAGUGUACUUUAUACUAGUAUGUUGGUAAGAAAUCACACUGUCUGGAGUGUACUUUAUACUGGUAUGUUUGUAAGAAAUCACACUAUCUGGAGUGUACUUUAUACUAGUAUGUUGGUAAGAAAUCACACUAUCUGGAGUGUACUUUAUACUGGUAUGUUUGUAAGAAAUCACACUAUCUGGAGUGUACUUUAUACUGGUAUGUUUGUAAGAAAUCACACUAUCUGGAGUGUAAUUAAUAUGUUUAUGACAAGACAUGGUGGCUUUAUAUGUUUGUGGGAAAUAGCACUAGUCGGAAAGUACUUGAUAUGUUAUGUCAAACUUUGAUGUGAAAGUUAUUUGCAUGUAUUUAUGAAGGCAUUUCACUUGUAUUCUUUUAAUUUAAAAUUUUUUGAAAAGUUGAUUUUAAAUUCAGUUUCUCACCUAUUAAUUGCAAGGUUUGUAAUUGAAAUCUAGGUGACAGGAAUGUUUGGGUUUUUUUUCCUGAGUGGGAUUUCAGUUCUUACACUGGUCAUGAAGACUUCAUAUUGUUUUGGUCAGCCAUAACGGAGUUACCAUUCUCUAUAUGGGUAUGGAAAACAUCUGCCUGUAUGGCGUUACUCUCACGGGUGUGUAUAUGGUCACCAUAGUAACUAUGGUGAAAGUUUACAUUUUUGACUCCAGCUUUCCUGGCAACUGCUGUUGUUCAUUGAGACACUUUUUGUAGAUACAUGUAAAAUAUUGUUAGUUACAUGUACGUGUAAAAGUCAGUUAUGUUAAUACAUGUAUUUCUGAUGAACUGUUUUGUGGAGCUUAAGUUGCCCAUAAUCUUGCUAUAAGUGUCACUUUUGUCUCGCUUAAGUUGCCCGUAAUCUUGCUAUAAGUGUCAGUUUUCACUAGCUUAAACUGCCCAUAGUCUUAGUAUAAGUGUCAUUUUUGUCUCGCUUAAGUUGCCCUUAAUAUUGCUAUAAGUGUCAGUUUUGACUAGCUUCAGCUGCCCAUAGUCUUAGUAUAAGUGUCACUUUUGUCUCGCUUAAGUUGCCCCUAAUCUUGCUAUAAGUGUCAGUUUUGACUAGCUUCAGCUGCCCAUAAUCUUAGUAUAAGUGUCAUUUUUGUCUUGCUUAAGCUGCCCGUAAUAUUGCUAUAACGUGUCAGUUUUGACUAGCUUCAGCUGCCCAUAAUCUUAGUAUAAGUGUCAUUUUUGUCUUGCUUAAGCUGCCCGUAAUAUUGCUAUAAGUGUCAGUUUUGACUAGCUUCAGCUGCCCAUAAUCUUAGUAUAAGUGUCAGUUUUGUCUUGCUUAAACUGCCCAUAACCUUACUAUAACGUGUCAUUUUUGUCUAGCUUAAGCGGCCCAAAAUCUUACUAUUGGUGACCUCUGCUUUGCUUAAUGAAAAAUCUAGGCAAAUUUUGAAGUAGUGUUUUAACAGUGUAUACAUUUACAAGCACUGCUCAUCAUUUUAUUUACAAUGUCACUAGUUUUUUUGUUUGUUUGUUGAGUGUGAUGCUUCCAUAGUACUGAUUGUUUUAGCUUUAAGACUGUCUCAGCUUUAAGAGUGUCAGCUUUAAGACUGUACCAGCUUAUGGUACUUGUUUAUAUGUAUUGAAAUGUACAUGUGUAUAUGUGUAAAUAGAGUAAUUUCAUUUAAAUAUCCUCUCAAUUUUAUUGGCUGUUAUGAACAAUAAUAGAAAGGACUCAUGUAUUUGAUGGUGCUUCUGCAUUUGUGUAAUUACUCUGAUAAUCAGAUAUUUUUUUCAUUCAUGAACAAAUCAAUCUGCUGAAAUCUGCAAUGAAUGUAGAACAUGUGGGCCAGUAUAUACAUUCAGCUUUGUCAUCAGCUUUAUCAGAAGGCCAGUACAUACAUUCAACUUUGUCACCAGCUUUGUCAGCUGGAACUAUAGUGAGCCAUCCCUGUAUGAACUGUUCUUCAUCCCACAUGGUCAUUUUUUGUUGUGUAACACUGGAAUCUUCUGAAUCACGGCAAUCUACUGGAGCACGAGUUACACAUGUUGCUAGAAGAGACAUUAGGCUUUAUUGUAAGAAUUCCAAGAAAAGUAAUCCUUUAUUUUUGGAAGUAGAAUAGUAAAUUCCACAAAAAGUAAGGCUUUAUUUUUAGAAAUAGCAGAGUUUAUUCCAAAAAAAAAUGGGGUAUUAUUUUUGAAAGAUUAGAGAAUGUGGACAGCUUAAUUGCAAAGAAAGUUAGGUUUUUAAAUAUUUACAGUUUAACUUUUAAAUUUGAUUAAAUAAUAAGUGGAAUUAAUUACCAGAAAUUUAAGCUUUAAUUCAAGUAAAGGUAGAGUUGAUUCCAAAAGAUGAGUAAUUCCACAAAUAUGUUGCUGCCAAGGGUAAAGUCAAUUCCAAUGAGAAGCAAUAGGUGUUGCCAAGGGUAAAGUGAAUUCCAAUGAGAGGCAAUAGGUUAGCUUUAUUCUAAGAAUAGUGAAAACUUCAUUGAUAAGUACGGCUUGCCAGAUAGUUAUUGGUACUGGUUGAAGUUUUUCCAUUUUUCAUCACAAAUUGUUGCGUUAAUGCAGUUGUGUACUUGGCAGUUUACCACAUUUGUUUUGGUGGCUCUAAUGUUUGCCUUCUAAUGCUCAUGAAGAUUUUUCAUGCUGUGGUAAAUAUGCUUUUUCAUAAUAUUUCACAAGGAGCUCACAAUGUGUGUACAUGAGGCCUUAGAAUAAGUUUUGUUGCUUUUGUGAAUAAAUUUUAACAUAUUGACUGACCAGAUUUUAGAUUUUAAACUGGUGUUCAAUGACUACAAUGUUCUCUCACAGCAAAAGCUUCCAUCAUGAAGAAAUUUGAUCAGUUACUUUCUAGUUUUGGUGUCUCGUGUUUUCAUAAAUUAAGAAAACCUUUAAAUGCAAUUUAAGCAACUUAAUCAUUUGAUUAUUUAAAUAAAUGUGUAUUAUCAGAGUGGAGAGAAUAAAGCUCUGAAGUCUACCUAAAUGAUAUUUUACACCCUUAAGUGUUCAGGAGUUGGAAGGGUGUAUGUACCAUGAUAAACCCUGUCCAUAUUAACCCCAGGUUGGAUAACCGCCCAGGGUGGAUACCCCCUCCCCCCAGGGUGGAUAAUGUUAAGCUUCACACACCUUUAAUAUGUGUGUGAGUAGAAUAUAUGUUACCUUAGCAGCAUUUAACAACUAGCUGUGGUUUAAGGCAAAAUACUGAACUCAUAAAUAAAUACAGAUUUGGCAAAAACACAGCUUUAAGUCUACCCUUUUUCUGUUUUUGAGCAAUUAUGUAUAUUUCUUCACCAUAUUUUGUCUCUAUGGGGACAAACACAUGUUGAAUUCAUUCUUCUUGGAAGAAGUUAUACAUUUUUUUGAGGUCUUACAGAUUUCAUGAUAUUGAUAUACUGCCACUGGUAUUGGUGCGUUUUAAUAAAAGAAAAAUAUGCCCCUAAACUGCCUAUGAAUGAGACCAUGUGGCUUUCAGUUUUAAUUGGACUCGUCUUGUCAUUUUUAAAGCCUUUGAAUUUGGUGCAUGGUGCUAUUUGCAUCUCUAGAAGCAAUUAAUAUUUACACAUUUUUGUAAUGGAGUAUCAUAAGCUGUUAUUUGAGAUAUAAAAAGUAUCAUGAACUUGUCAGUCAGAGAUGUUGGAGUAUCGGGUUAUGUUUUUGUUGGAGUAUCAGGCUAUGGUUUUGUUGGAGUAUCAGGCUAUGUUUUUGUUGGAGUAUCAGGCUAUGUUUUUGUUGGAGUAUCAGGCUAUGUUUUUGUUGGAGUAUCAGGCUAUGGUUUUGUUGGAGUAUCGGGUUAUGAUUUUGUUGGAGUAUCGGUCUAUGUUUUUGUUGGAGUAUCAGGCUAUGAUUUUGAGGUUGAAAGUUGUUGUCCGUUGAGGAUGUGAUUUUGUGCUCUCCAUUUUGGUGUUAUUUUACAUGUAGAUGUAUGAUAAUGCAGUUGUCAUUUUGUUCAUUCCUGUUGCUUACCUUUGUUUUUUGCCUAAUGACUUGUCUGCUGUAACACCAAGACCUUGUUUAGUAUUACUCAGUACUCAUUAUUUUAAGCUUUUGUUUAACAGACAGAAGCUUCCCUGUUUUUUUUAAAAACACUUGUGUGUAGUUUGACAUCUUUAUUAGGUGACCAAGUAAAUAAUGUGGAAUUAACAUUGUCAAGAUUUUGUUUUCAAACUUUUAUUAAGUAUUUUAUUGUUUCUUAUCAUUUAAAUUUAUUUUGUGAUUGGUGUAACUAACUUCAUUAAGCAUUUUAGUUUUUUUGAAGUUAAAGGAGCCAAACAUAUUGGUCUGGCUUUGUAUUAAGGUUGAUUAUUAUACAUGUGUUAUAGCCCUGGUUUAGGAAAGCACUUUUUACAUUAUGUAAACCUGAAGGGUUUUCCAUGUCAGGGGAAGCAGUAUUGGUAUAAGACUGUGUUCAUAUUACAUGCAUCAAUUGACCAAAACCAGUGCUCCCAUAGACUGUGUGUGCUUGUAUAUUGUCAGAGGUGUGACAGAAUGGUACGUUGCUACCCUUCUUACACUAUAAGCUUUGUUGCUACCUAUAUUACACCAGCAUUAAUCUUAAUGAUAUGUUGCUACAUGUAUCCUUUUUAUACUGCAAGAUUUGUUCCUAAGUGUAUUACACCAGCAUUUAUCUUAAUGGUAUGUUGCUACCCUUCUUAUAGUACAAGAUAUGUUCCUACCUAUAUUACACCAGCAUUUAUCUUAAUGGUAUGUUGCUACCUUUCUUACACUACAAGAUUUGUUGCUACCUAUAUUACACCAGCAUUUAUCCUAAAUCACUUUAUUUACAUGUGAAUGCCUCAGUAUUAUAUUUAUUUCUCAAACAUAGAAGACCUAAUGACGGCAACCAUAAAAUCGAACAGGAUACCUUUUUGUCAAUGCGUUAAACUGUAUGUGAUGUCAUCGGCAUAAUACUGGUUUUUAUUACUUUGUAAAUAUAUUGAUCAACAUAUUUUUAUUGGUUGAGUUGUUUUUGUCACUGACCGAAUGUGUUGUGUUGAUUUGAUAUCCCCCACUGCUGGGUAAUGAUAUAUUUUUGUGUACAUGGUUAUCAUGUGUUAUAGUUUAUGUGUACAUUGCCUCAUCAACUGUUUGUAAACUUUACUUUAGAAAACAUGACUCUAUACCUCAAAUGAGGCUACGGGGAUUUGUUUAGGCUUUCAUCUAGCAGAAAGACAAUUUCUUCAAAAACCUCAUCUAUUUUUUUGUACAGAAUGUUAUCCCUGAGACUAUUUGAUUUUUCUUUAGUAAUGCUUGUUUAAUAGAUUGCUUUUGUGAACAACUGAAGUGUACCUUUGUGAACAACAGAACUGUACCUAUGUGAACAACAGAAGUGUACCUGUACACACUUCUCAUUACGUACUGAUUUGCCAAAUGCUAGUAUGGGUGUGUUUAACUGCGCUAACUCUGUCAUAAGCCCAACUUCUAAUAACAGAAGAAUAAAAC